ACAUGGGUGUGACACUGGAGCGAGUACAGUUCAAAUUUGCCUCCAUCAUUGGAGAACUCUGUAGUGAACCAGAUAUCCUUUCACAGUUUGCUGUCUGGGUGGAUCUCCGACUAGCAGAGUAUAAAUUGAAAGGCUCCAUUUCAUUGGAUUGCUCUGGUGAAACACCUGAUCCAAUGUGGCUGAAAGGCAUAUUGAGUGCUUUACUCGCUAAAAGGAUGGCUCAGGAAAAGGCAGCACUGAAACUGCCUGGUAGAGGAUCUUUGGGAAACCAUAACUCUUUAGUGCAAUCAGUCUCGGCUCUCCAUAACCGAUUAUCUACCAAUUCAAUGAGGGAAAUGCAUAAUUCAGAUGUGUUUCCUGUCGGCCUACAUCUUCAUAAAAGUGCUGGUGUUGGAAUUAGCCAACAGGACAGAAAGCGAAGAGCCUCAGAAACUGUAGCCCGGUCAGAGUAUGUACAUUCUCAAGAUAAGACUAAGCAAAGACGAUUUGGUGGCAAGGAGGCAGAUAGCAGUACAUUACCAAAUGAAAGCCUUAUGUCUAUAAUAAAUGCUGGAGAAGGCUCAGACAGUUCUUCAGUUGCAGUUAAUAAUGAGAACAGUAGAACAUGUGACAACAUAAAAACUGAGGCAGACCUACAGCAACAUGCUGAAUCAAGUGAGCCAGAUGUCAGGUCUCCACCUGAAACUGUUGUUUUGUCUGGUGAUACAGAACAAAGUGUGGAAGUGGACAUCAGCUGUAUGGAACAGAAUUCCCCAUUGAAACAGUUUGUGAUAGAUCAAGGAAGGCGGCGUUACAGAGCCAUCCAGACACGGUGUUACGUGAACAAAUUUGAAAACUGGGCCAGAACAGAGCCAAGAAAUGAUUGGAGGAACAUUGAACAUCUGCCCCCAGAUAUUCUGGACUCUUACCUUGCUGACUUUCUCGCCACAGUCACAUCCAGUCGGAAAGGGACAUAUGGCUUGAACUCUUUAAUCUCUUUACGCUCUGGAUUAGAGAGACAUCUCAAAGAGGUGAACUAUCCUCAUUCCAUUACAUCAUCCCCAGUAUUCAUCAAGAGCCAACAGGCGUACAGAGCACGCAAAGUACAACUCCAAGAGCAACAAAGGAUGUCCGCCGCCGAUAAAAGUCGAGCUACUGAAAAUCUCUUACCAGAUGAAACUUCACACAUAAAAUGA